GUAACAAACCUUGAAAACAAAACAUAUCGCAUCAGUCCAGUUCGACCGAAGCGGUUUUUGAACUGGUUUAAAUAGUUUAUCGAAACGAAUCGGCUCACGAGAAUAACACAAUCGCAAACUGCACAUCUGUCAAACUCGCUUCGUUAAAAUAACGUUAUCUAUUUUUUUGUUGUUGUUGUUUGUUUCAAGCGUACAUUACGCGUCAUCUCCGCCGUGGCGUGAUGACGAUCUUCCGGCCGAGCAUCAGACGGUGAAUGGAGGAAUAACAGCGGGCAAAAUAUACAGCCGUGUGUGGAGGGAUGGCCACACCGUUUGUUCCGGUACCGGUGCCCAUCGAGCGCGCCCCGCGGCCGGACCGUAAAAGUCCCGUCACCCGCGCCAGGCUCAACGGAACCGAGUGCUCUGUGGAAUAUUCCAGCUGCCCGCUUCCAGAGACCCCGGGACAGAGCUGGGAGGAGCGGCCCAUCACACCCACUGUGCUUGGGUAUGAGGUGAUGGAGGAGAGGGCCAAGUUCACAGUCUAUAAGGUUCUGGUGAAGAAGACUGUGGACGAGAGCUGGGUCGUGUUCAGACGCUACACUGACUUCUCAAGACUCAACGAUAAGCUGAAGGACAUGUUUCCGGGGUUCAGACUGUCUCUUCCUCCGAAGCGCUGGUUCAAAGACAACUAUGAGACGGAGUUCUUGGAGGACAGACAGCUGGGUCUGCAGACCUUCCUCCAGAACCUCGUGGCCCAUAAAGACAUCUCCAACUGUGCGGCGGUGCGAGAGUUCCUGUGUCUGGACGAUCCUCCUGGACCCUUUGACAGUCUGGAGGAGAGUCGGGCGUUCUGUGAGACUCUAGAGGAGUGUAACUACAGGCUUCAGAAGGAACUUCUUGAUAAACAGCGAGAGAUAAACUGCUUAAAGAAAACACUGGAAGAGAAAGAGCGGCACAUUCAGACGCUGGAAGGACGAAUCAACGGGGACGUUCUCACUCCAGACAGUCCGUGUUGUGUGUCUGGAGCGGGCAGCGACUGCAGUCUGGACGUAGAGUCUUCUGCUGUGGAGGCCGAUCAGGAGCUGCCUGAUGAAACACAGGCUGUGCUCCGCUCGUCUCAGGGCUCUGUGUGUUGGUGUGGUCCGUCCAUCAGCGGUGCGUCUCCUCCUGUAGUUCAGGUCACUGCUCUGGACCACUGAGCAUCUCUCUGGGGUUAUUCUGGUUCCCGUUUGCAGUCGUGAUGGAGGAGGCACCAUGUGAGGUUUAGCCCCGACACGAGCACGCCACACGCCUCACCCGACGACAGGAAGCAGAAUCACUCGACAAUCAGCAGCACACCGAGACUGAGAGCCGCUGCUGGAACACAUCUCUCUGUUCUCAGGGUUACGUCUGUUUUCAGUUUAGUUUUUGAGGUGUAAAUGAGUGAGACUGGUGUUGUUCACUGUUAUCAGUUGAUGGUCAUCAUAAUCAUGCAGUGCUCGUGUGUUAGUUUUUAGUUCAGUUUUCUGCUUCACUGAAAGCCAUAUUUACAUCCCAGCCGAGGCCUGUGGCUCUGUAUGCACUUUACGGUCCUGAGGGAUUAUGGGAUAUAUGCUUCUACACUACUUGAUGAAAUCAUGUCCAACACUUCAUUAAAGCUUCGUUUGAAGCCGUGUGCCUUCUCACAGAGUUUCACCGAUGACACGGGCCUUGUGUCUUUCCCCAGAGUUUUAUGUAUUUAAAGACUUGCAUAUUAACAUGUGCUUUCUGUUUGUUCUGUUUGCUUCUGCGAUGCUUCAGAAUGUCUCUCCGUGUGUUUUGUGCUCGAUGAAUUGAUCAUGUUUCACUGGAGGAAGGAUGUACAGAAGCAGAUGCUCUCUUCAUCGACUGUGACUUAAACUCCACUGAACUUAAUGUCUUCACGUUUACAGCAAUAUAAUCUGUUUCUGUCACACUUCUGAUCCGGUUCAUGCUUCUUGGGUUGAUGGCUCUGACAACAACAGUUAUGCAAAUAUGUCCCUGAUGUUCAGAGGAUUGUGGGAUGGACUGAGAAAUAUUGCCAAUGUUCUGAUCAUUAGAAAUUAAUUUAAUAAAGAAGCUUCUCUAUGUCAGGACACUU